AUGGCCUCCAGCUCGGAUGACGACCUCUCGUGUCCCGUUUGCCAGGACAUUUUCAAAGACCCGGUCGUUCUGUCGUGCAGCCACAGCUUCUGCCGGGCCUGCCUCCAGUCGUGGUGGGCGGAGAAGGAAACACGACCGUGUCCAUGUUGCAAGAGGAAGUCAUCGAAGAGCGACCCUCCUCGCAACCUGGCGCUGAAGAACCUGUGUGAGGCCUUUCUGAGGGACGGGGAGCGGCGGGCGGCAGCAGGGUCCGAGCACAUGUGCAGCCUGCAUGGUGAGAAGCUCAAGAUCUUCUGUCUGGACCACCAGGAGCCGGUCUGCUUGGUCUGCCGGGACUCCAGGACUCACAGCAACCACCGGUUCAGACCCAUCGACGAGGCCGCCCAGGACCUCCGCCAGGAGCUGCAGAGAGACCUGUCACCCCUCCGGGAGAAACUGACGAUCUUCCAGCAGGUGACGGGGGACUGCAUCUCCACGGCAGACUACCUCCCGGUCCAGGCCCGGGAAACCGAGAACAAGAUCCGACAGGAGUUUCAGACGCUUCACCAGUUCCUGGAAGAAGAAGAGAAGGCGAGGGUGGAGGCUCUGUGGGAGGAGGAGGAGCAGAAGAGUCGGGCGAUGAAGGAUAAGGUGGAGGCUCUGACCCGGGACAUGACCGCUCUUUCAGACACGAUCAGAGCGACGGAGACAGAGCUGAGAGCCGGAGACGUCUCGCUGCUGCUCAGCCACAAGGUGGCGACCAGGAGGGUCAAGCAGGGCCCGGUUCUGCAGGACCCGGAGCCGGUUCCAGGGGCUUUGAUAGAUGUGGCCAAACAUCUGGGCAACCUGACCUACAACAUCUGGAAUAACAUGAAGAACAUGUUGGGCUACAGUCCCGUGAUCCUGGAUCCAAACACCGCCGACCAAGAGCUCGUCGUGUCUGACGACCUGCUGAACGUCAAAUUCAUGGGGUCGCGAGAUCUGCCGAGCAACCCGGAGAGGACCAGGUUACCCGGCACCAUCCUGGGCUCUGAGGGGGUGAAGUCAGGGAUUCAUACUUGGAUAGUGGAUGUUGGAGGCAACGCAGACUGGGAGGUGGGAAUGCUGGAAGACGAUGGUGGCGACACAGCGGAGCAGCGGCGGUGGAGGAUUUCACUCAAGGACGGUAGAUACAAGGCUUUGGCUGGAUCGGGCUCGGAGCAAGACCUGCAGGUGGGGGAGCCCCACAAGAUCAUAGUUCAUCUGGACUUCGAGGAGGGGGAGCUGUCGUUCUUGGAUCUUGAAACAGAACCAGUCAUGCACACCUUCACGCACACGUUCACGGGCGCGCUGUUUCCUUACAUGUACACCCGGAGCUCAGACCCACUGGAGAUCCUGACAUUCAAGACUUCCGUGACAAUACGAAGUUGGGCAGGUCAGGUGCGGGGACCAGACCCUGAACCCUGAGGCGAGUCAACAUCCCCUGGAAGGUCGUAUCAUCGUCCGCCUCAUUUGCAUUUGACAUUCUUGUCGGACUUGUGGACUUGUGGACUCUGACUGGGACUCGUUCAGCUCCAGCGUGUCUCAGCGUUUCAGUUCCAGAUUAAAAUGUUGGCUGAUCUGUGAAUGUGAAUCCAGGAAAGAUGCUUCUGGAUUAUGAUCUAACAGUAACUCAUGAUGAUUGAUAAUGAUGAUUGAUCAUGUGACUGGUGACGGGACCGUUGUCUCAGACAAUCCUGUAAAUAUUGAUGACUGGUGUGUGACAAGCAAAGCUAUGUAGAAAUACCACGUCUGACCUCAUGGGGGCCGCGAUCACGAGAAUGUUCACGUAUCAGACGAAGUCGUGUUACAAGACAGGUCGGACCAGACGAGAGCUAGAAAAGCCUGUUUCCUUGUUUCCUCGUUUCCUUGUUUCCUCAUUUCCUUGUUUCCUCGUAUGUGCCACGUUGGAAGUGAGAGAAAGAACAGGUCUGGGAGGACAGACGGGACACGCCCGCUUGGCUGACCCGACUGGUUCCCAUGGAAACACGUAACUAUCAGAGCUACCCUGGGACAAAGGUUGGGUUGCAGUCGGUCAGCGGCAGGGGCGUCA